AUGCAGUUCACCAGCGCCGCCGCACUCGCCUGUGCCCUCUUCUCCUCUAUUUCCCUCGCCGCCCCGGCCGAAGCCUCGUGGAGAACCACUGCCACGAUUCAACUCGCCAACGACCAGUCCGGCGCAAAUGUCAAUGUCGCUGUCCCAGUUGAUGGUAAGAAGCGCCCCGUUCAAGAGCUUUGGGGUCACACCGCUGUGGCUAAGCAUGGCCUCGUCUUUGCAUCGAGCGCCCAGCUCGUUACUUUCCAGCAGACCACUGUCUGCACUAUUACCGAAGAGCCUCGCAUUGAUGUCACCCUGGACGCCGAGAAAACUUGGGCAUCUAUCGGCGGAGGUGUUGUCGAUCUCUGUGCUGCUUAUGUUGUUUGCGAGUGUGAGGGUAUGUGA